UGCAGUGGAUACAUAAUAUUGGACAAAGCUACCGCCCCUUGUAAAUGUGGGAUUUAGCUGAUGGGGAACUUAACCUACAAAGUGCCAACAUCACCCCCUUUGGCCACCCUGGCGUUUCCUUGUUUUGAUGGCUGUUAUCUUCCCAAGCAAGAAAAUGAAUUUGUUCACACAGUCCUGCACGAACUGGAUGCUUACCAACAGAGAGGAAAACAGAAAAGUGCCCUACUCUUCCCCCCUCUAUCAAGCAGACUUCGCUACCUGAUUCACAAAACCACUGAGAACCACCGUAACCUCGCCACCUUCUCCGUGGGGGAGGGCUGGAGACGUAGGGUAGUUGUCUGCUACUCUCACCUCAGGCUGGAUCUGGGGGAAGAAAGCGACACAGACAGUAACACCAGUUUCUACGAUGAGGCUCCCAGGAGAGUUAUGGGGAUGCAGAGCAGCAGAACGGACCCCCAGCCCAGACCCAACCCACUGACCCGGCGGAGCGGGGGUAACACCAAACGUCCUGACAAGGCCAUUUACGUCCCCAGGGCGGCUAGGGACAGGCAACGGGACAGCGGCAGUUCCCUCCACGGACCACCAGCAGGGGUGGACCUCGACCUGCCCCUGCCCACUCUCAGCUUCAACACCUCGGGCUGCACCUCCACCUCAGAGUCCUGCUCCUGCUGCUCCUCAGACACCCCGGAGGGAACGCCGUCAGAAACACAGGCCAACACCAACCAGGACAGUUUGCCUUCUAGCACCACCACCUCUAGCGCUGGGCAGGAGGACGACUUCAUUCGCUUCUCUGUAGAGGAGCCCUGCCCCUGGCCCCCCGCCUGGGACCAGACUGUGUCCUACUUCAUGGCCAUGACCCUGGAGGACCAGACUAAGGAAGACCAGGAGGAGGAGGAACAUGUAGCAGAGGAGGUGCUGAUGGAGGAGUCUGUGGGCAGUAGCAAUGUGACAUCCCACCAACACCAUGCCUCUCAUACAACACCAGCCAAGGAUGCUGCUAGCAAUGCUGCUGAUUUUAGCCAAGAGAUCAAGGCCCACUUGACAGAGACUGACGUGGCCAUCGAACACGCCCACAACGACUACUCUUGUUUUGAGAACGUGUGGAUCAACCAGGACGAAUUUGCCCACGUCAUCGAGAUCUACGACUUCCCGGCCAUGUUCAAAACAGGCGACCUGCUGGAUGCCUUUGCAGACCACAGCGACGAAGGCAUGAAGAUUAAGUGGGUGGACAACACUCACGCCCUGGGCGUGUUCUCCAGUCAAUCUGCAGCCCUCCAUGCGCUUUCCAUUCAGCACCCUCUCCUGAAGACACGCACUCUGUCUGACGGGAGCAAGCAGGCAAAAGGGAAAGCCAUAAGACGUGCCGAGUUUAUCCAGCCGGUGAAGGAGAGGCCACGGACAGACUCUGCGGUGGCCCGCAGAAUGGUAUCCAGAGCCCUGGGACUGCAGAGAGGUGGAGCGCCCUCACAACGUUUCUGACCGCUACAGCAGGAAUGUCAGGCUACAACUGGACUACACAACUACAGAUGUCCUUGCUAAUAAAUAACUGGCAGACCAUUGCUGUCCAAUGUAUUGUUCCUUUUCUCAAGUUCCCAUUGUUCAUUGUUGAUGCCAUUCACACUAUAGGGCCGACCCAAACCAUACAAUGCUGACUUGGAUAUUUUCUUUUCACAUUGUCUUUCCUAUCACGGUUCCAACAACUAUUGUGGAUGUGUAACCAGGCUGGCCCAGUACAGCUUGGCUUGGCUCCUUUUGGUCCUAUAGUGUGAAUCAGGCAUCAGUUAUGAAGGGAAUGGGGCAUUGUGUUACACUGUGGGGUGGGGGGGUGUCCACAGUUCUUACUGUAUUUUAACUUCGUAAUUUGCCAAACAUUUAACAGAUAAUUUAACUUACGCUGGUUGCGUCCAUACGUAGAUGGAUAAAGUUGGUGAUACACCGGUUGUAUAAUUCCUAUUAAGCCUAAUUUCUACAUUGUGUACUUGCGUAGCAAAAAUAAAAUGGAAAGAAUAAAAAUGAAGACAGAUGUUCUGUCAGGAGAUGGAAUAAAAAUACAGGAUAUGGACAACUCUGUUAGGAAAGCAAAUCUGGAUCGUUCAUGUUGUAGGUUUCAGAUAAACAUGUGAUUAAUUAUCUUUUAAGUCAUCUAUGUAAAUAAAGUUUGAUUUUGUUUUUGAAAGAAAAAAACGUCCGCAGAUGCAAUUACAACUCGAUGCAACUAUUCAGGAUUGCCAUUUUACGCAAUUAAUAAAAUGGUUGAUUUCUAAUGCUAAAAACUCACUCAAACAUUUUCUGAAACAUUCAAGCUGAACGAUAAACUUGAUAACUUUUUUAAAAGUUUAUUUCAAGUUGAUAUUUAUGUUUACGAGCAUUUCCAGGGGGAUUUAAAAAAAUAGAAUGCAAUUAUUAUAUAGGGUUCUGUUAUAUGCCAUUGUCUUUUGGUGUUUUAUGAUAUAUAUAUAUUUGUAAUGGCCAACAUGAUCCAGCAGAGGAAAUUGGUUGAUGUCUGGCUCUCCAGUUUGUAAGACAAACCUUAAAGCACACGUGUUUGGGGACAAUCCCUUGUGAAUAUGUUAGUAUUAUGUCAGUACAUUAUCUCAUUAAAAUGUUUUUGAAUUUUG